GGAUGUGAUUGUGUAGCCGCGGUGUGUGGUGAGGACCCCCUCCUUAACUAGCUGGUCAGCACCGGAGGGAUUAGUAAGCCAGCUUCGCUCACUCACAGACGGGGAUUGCACAGCCUGAAUCAUGCACGUCGUCACUACUAUCAACUGGGAGUGGAGCCGAAAUUGUGCAAGAUACGGAUAACAGAAAAGGGAUUGAUUUGGUCCGCAGAUCGAGUCAAGUUUCCAAGUCCGUCAUUCUGCUGUGAAAAUGCCUCACCAGGGGCACAUCUCCUCCUCGGACCCGUCGCAUUAUGCUGCAGCCCCCCUCACAUGUGCUUUAUGUUGAAGAAGUGACCGGGAAAGGAUAAAAAGAAAAGAAAAGAAAAAAAAAUAAACAGGAGCCCUAAGGACGACUAAAGCAAAGCAGAAGGGCGUGCGAUUUUCGUAUCGCCUUGCAGAGGUUUCUGAAGUCGAGGGGGGAAAGUUGUACUCGCUGGGGGAAGAGCAGGAUCCAGCCGUGAAAACAUGGGGAACGCAGGGAGUAUGGACCAGCACUCUGAUCUCAGGGGCCACAACAUGCCCCUGAAGCUGCCCAUGCCCGAGCCAGGAGAGCUGGAGGAAAGAUUUGCUAUCGUUUUGAACUCCAUGAACCUUCCUCCAGACAAAGCUCGAUUAUUGCGGCAGUACGACAACGAGAAGAAGUGGGAGCUCAUCUGUGAUCAGGAGCGGUUCCAAGUGAAAAACCCCCCUCACACAUAUAUCCAAAAGCUGAGGAGUUAUCUGGACCCAGCAGUCACUAGAAAGAAAUUCAGACGGAGAGUUCAGGAGUCCACCCAAGUCCUGAGAGAACUGGAAAUUUCAUUACGGACCAAUCAUAUAGGGUGGGUGAGAGAAUUCCUAAAUGAAGAGAACAAAGGCCUGGACGUGCUGGUGGAGUAUCUUUCUUUUGCACAGUAUGCCGUCACGUUUGAUGGGGACUGUGUGGAGAACAACCCGGAGACGUCGGUGGACAAGUCCAAACCCUGGAGUCGAUCCAUAGAAGACCUCCAUGGAGGAAGCAGCCUGCCAUCUCCCAUCACUGGAAACGGCAUCACCCGCGCUGGGCGACACUCCACAUUACGCCGUCUGCUGUUCUAUCUUCCGGUCUUCAGCAGCAGGCAGGUCUCAGCUCAGACGCCGAGUGUGCUGAACUGUCCAAAGUGUUCUCAGAUACGACGUUGUAACACCUUGCCCAGCCGGAGAACGCUGAAGAACUCCAGGCUGGUGUGUAAGAAAGAUGACGUCCAUGUCUGCAUCAUGUGCCUGCGCGCUAUCAUGAACUACCAGUACGGCUUCAACAUGGUCAUGUCGCACCCGCACGCUGUGAAUGAAAUUGCACUAAGUCUCAACAAUAAGAACCCCAGAACUAAAGCUCUUGUCCUGGAGCUGCUGGCGGCGGUUUGUCUCGUGAGAGGAGGCCAUGAAAUUAUUCUCUCUGCGUUCGACAACUUUAAGGAGGUGUGCAUGGAGACGCAGCGGUUUGAGAAGCUAAUGGAGCAUUUCAAGAACGAAGACAACAACAUCGACUUCAUGGUGGCGUGUAUGCAGUUCAUCAACAUUGUGGUGCACUCAGUAGAAGACAUGAACUUCAGGGUUCAUCUACAGUUUGACUUCACCAAGCUGUGCCUGGACGAGUACUUGGAUAAACUAAAGCAUACAGAGAGCGAUAAACUGCAAGUUCAGAUCCAGGCCUACUUGGAUAACGUGUUUGAUGUGGGAGCCCUUCUGGAGGACGCGGAGACCAAAAAUGCUGCCCUCGAGCGAGUAGAGGAGCUGGAGGAGAACAUGUCACAUAUGACGGAGAAGCUGCAGGACAUGGAGAACGAGGCCAUGUCCAAGAUCGUGGAGCUGGAGAAGCAGCUGAUGCAAAGGAACAAGGACCUAGAAUCCAUUAGGGAAGUAUACAAGGACGCCAGCUCGCAGGUUCACACGCUGCGGCAGAUGGUGAAGGAGAAGGACGAGGCGAUCCAGCGGCAGUGCAACCUGGAGAAGAAGAUCCACGAGCUGGAGAAGCAGGGCACCAUCAAGAUCCACAAGAAGGGAGACGGAGACAUCUCCAUCCUGCCCUCUCCGCCCUCCGGCGUGGAGGCCGUAUCAGGCGCUGUGCCAGGGGGAACCUACACCGCUGUCAGUCCAAACCAUGUGGGAGGGACGCUGGUCGUGCCUGCUCCACCACCUCCACCUCCUCCACCCCCGCCACCAGUGAAUGGCAUUGUGCCAAACGGGCCGUCAUCAGCCGAGCCAGUGGUGAUUCCUCCGCCUCCCCCGCCUCCUCCUCCGCCUCCACCUCCGCUCCCAGGACCGGCCGCAGCGCUGUUGGUCCCUCCACCUCCCCCCGUAGCCCCCCCACUGCCCGGCUGUGGCACCCCCACUGUCAUCAUGAACUCCGGGUUAGCAGCUGUCAAGAUUAAGAAACCCAUCAAGACAAAGUUCCGCAUGCCCGUCUUCAACUGGGUGGCCCUGAAACCCAACCAGAUUAACGGCACAGUCUUCAAUGAGAUUGAUGAUGAGAGGAUACUUGAGGAUCUGAAUGUGGAUGAGUUUGAGGAGAUGUUCAAGACGAAGGCCCAGGGCCCGGCAAUCGACGUAACCAUGAGCAAACAGAAGGUCAUCCAGAAGGGCUCGAACAAGGUGGCUCUGCUGGACUCCAACAGGGCGAAGAACCUCGCCAUCACGCUGAGGAAAGUGGGCAAGACCCCCGAGGAGAUCUGCAAGGCCAUUCAGCUGUUUGACCUGCGCACUCUGCCCGUGGACUUUGUGGAGUGUCUGAUGCGCUUCCAGCCCACAGAGAAUGAGAUUAAAGUGUUGCGGCAGUUUGAGAAGGAGCGCAAACCGCUGGAGAGCCUGACGGACGAGGACCGCUUCAUGAUGCAGUUCAGCAAGAUCGAGCGGCUCAUGCAGAAAAUGACCAUCAUGGCCUUCAUCGGCAACUUCUGUGAGAGCGUGCAGAUGCUCACACCGCAACUUCAUGCAAUCAUCGCAGCGUCGGUGUCCAUCAAGUCGUCACAGAAGCUAAAGAAAAUCCUCGAGAUUAUCUUGGCACUUGGAAACUACAUGAACAGUAGCAAAAGAGGAGCAGUUUACGGUUUCAAGCUACAAAGUUUAGACUUGCUACUGGACACAAAGUCGACAGAUCGUAAGUUGACGUUGUUACACUACAUAGCCAACGUGGUGAAGGAGAAAUACCAGCAGGUGUCUCUGUUCUACAAUGAGCUGCACUAUGUGGAGAAAGCGGCGGCAGUGUCGCUGGAGAACGUCCUCCUGGAUGUCAAGGAGCUGCAGAGAGGCCUGGAGCUGACCAAGAGAGAGUACAGCAUGCACGGCCACAACACCAUGCUCAAAGACUUCAUUGCACACAAUGAGGGCAAGCUCAAAAAGCUGCAGGACGAUGCCAAGAUUGCACAGGAUGCCUUUGACGAGGCAGUGAAAUUCUUCGGGGAGAACUCCAAAACCACGCCGCCUUCCGUCUUCUUCCCCGUGUUUGUGCGAUUUGUCAAGGCUUACAGGCAAGCGGAGGAGGACAACGAGCAGAGGAAGCGUCAGGAGCAGAUGAUGAUGGAGAGACUUCUAGAGCAGGAAGCCAUGAUGGAGGCAGACCAGAAGUCUCCAUCUCAUAAGAGCAGGCGGCAGCAGCAGGAGCUGAUCCAGGAACUCAGGAAGAAGCAGGUGAAAGACAGCCGCCACGUCUAUGAAGGCAAAGAUGGAGCAAUUGAGGACAUCAUAACGGAUCUGAGGAAUCAGCCUUACAGACGAGCAGACGCGGUGCGGAGGAGUGUCAGGAGGCGCUUUGAUGAUCAGAACUUGCGGCCAGUGAACAACGCCGAAGUGGUCAUGUGACGAAGGAAUAGUGCAUGUGCUAAGGGGGGGGAAGAGGGGCAGGAUGGGUAAUGACAGAGAGAGUGAAAGAGAGAGAGAGAGAGAGACAGAGGGUUAGGAUGGAAGUGAAGGAUGUCAAGUGAAAGAUGAUGCUGAGAGUGUAGAGAUGAUUAUGUACAUAUAUAUUACAUAAGAAUACACAAUGUGAUGUUGUUCCAUGUCAGCGGUGUAGUAGCAGCUUCUCACUAUGAAGGAACUGGGACGGUGUGAGACUGAACUGAGAGAGAGAAAGAGAAAGAGAGGUGUCCGAAAGGCGGUCGACCUGGAGAGCCAGAAAAAGCCAAGUGCCUGAACUUAUUUUUGUUGUGAUCCAAUGUCAUUUUGUCUUCUGUUUUUUUUAUUACUCUCACUUCAAGCAAUACAACUCGACCAGGCUUUAAUCUGUAAGACUUCCUGCGAGGUGUAAAGUGGGGACACAAAAGUGGGGCUGCCGCAAAGCGCCCCGUGAAGAGAUGCUUCCUUGGAAAACCCACGUAGAAUGUAUGGGACACUCCCUUCGUCCCGCUGCAAAUAUUCCUCCUCUGGGGACCGGCUAUGAAGCUCCGUAGCGUCUCCACAGUACAUUCCGGUGCUCUGUCCAUUCCUCUUUAGAAGACAACCAUGUGCUCAACUAGCACUUUUUUUUUUAUUCAGCCUCACUAGCUUUUCAACUUUUCCUAAAAGGGCUGAUGAACAGACGUGCGUUAGUGAAGACUUCAGCAGUGAUCCAAAACGAAUUUGAAGUAUGGAAGUACUUAAUCAAGAGAUAAAGAAAGUGAUUUUCAAAUAAAGACCAGGCUAAUGUGAAUUGUAUAUAGCACAGUCUCUCCAUACCGGCAUAUACUGACUUCUCACUCAUCAGUGUUACUACGGUUAGUGGACCAAGCAUGAAUUUGUAGUUCUCAAUCUGUAGAACGAGGCUUUUAGUAAAACUCAUGUGCCAUCCAUUUCAAAAAUUGCUGCAGUAGUACAGCAAUGAUCUGGUUUCUGGGAACAAUUAACCCCAUGGCUGCUGAAAAGCUCCUAAAGUAAUGGUAGUGUACACUUUCAGCCGAGUGUAAUGACUGCAAAGAUACUGAGGCCUACUAGACGAACUCAUUGUCAAAACUGGAUCUACUUUUGCAUUUUAUCUCAGAAAACUUUUUUUUAAAAAAAAGUUAAUCACAAUUUAGGCUACUGUGUCUGCUCACUUAUUGUAAUUUUAAUGUAUAGUAUUUAACCACUGAAAAGUUUUCCUUUUAGCUUUUUGCUCGUUUUUCCAGCUGACGUGUGUCCAUUGUUUUGACAGCACCUCGUCAUUCAAGACAUGGCAAAAUAAAGUACACAACACACACAAAAAGUUUUCUAAAUGUACAGAUAUUUUGCUACAAACCAUGUUUUUUUUUUUUUUUUUUUACUUAAUUCAGAACAUUACCUGGUUAAUAUUGUAAAUAUUGUUUAAACAAAGUUUUCAACGCCCUGUGCUAUACAAGUUGAAUGUUAUUUUAACUUAUAGUUUUUGUUAACGUUUUGUAUAUUUAAUUAAGCCAAAACCACUGGCUUAAACAAUUAACGGAAAGAUGAUAGUGUGUUAAAUCAGAAAGCCCCACUGUCAUGCAGGAGGCACUGGAUCACUGAAUUUGCUUGAGGGUGUGUCAUAGCAAUAUCAAAGCCAGCGCCAUAAACACACAACUUACUCUGAUUUGCAGUCCAUAUAUGCAUAUAUUUACAUUUUAACUUCAUGAACAGAUUUCACCUUGUAGAAGUGACACUGUUGCUAGGUUUUAUCAUCUGGCGUGUGUGUUUUGUGGCUGUGUGAUACACCCUCGUCUCUGGACCACAGAUAUCUCCACUGAAGCAUGUGCUGCCACUCAUGUCCUUCUCUCUGUGAACUUCACUGCCUCCAUAGGCAACGUUUCUCUUACUGGAUAAUACUGGCAUGUUUUUUUUUUUUUCUUCUUCAUCAGAAAUGUAUUUUAGGCAUUUUGUGCUUAUUACAAAAUACUUUAAAAUAACAUGCUUUUUUAAAAUUAGGUGAUCUGAGAUUUUCAAUGAAUAUGAUCAAAUAAACUAUUUACAUUAAGUACAA